UUUAUCCGCUCUCGGUCCUUGAAAAAAAAAUCCCUGCGUUAAAUCUGAUAUUCCCCCGCGUUCUUUUUUUCUUUCUUUUUUUUUUUUCAAUUCAAACCAUGUUUGCCGCUUCUCGUGUCUUUGCCUUUGGUGCUGCCAAGCGUUCUUUCUCUACCUCCUCUGCUAACCUUACCAAAGUUGCUGUCCUUGGUGCUGCUGGUGGUAUCGGUCAGCCCUUGUCUUUGCUCUUGAAGGAAAACCCUCAUGUCACUCACCUUUCUCUUUACGAUAUUGUCAAUGCCCCUGGUGUUGCUGCUGACCUUAGCCACAUCAACACCAACUCCAAGGUUACUGGUCACUCUCCCGAAGGUGAGGGUUUGAAGGCCGCCCUUGAAGGUGCUCACGUCAUUGUCAUUCCUGCUGGUGUUCCUCGUAAGCCCGGUAUGACUCGUGAUGACUUGUUCAACACCAAUGCCGGUAUUGUUCGUGACCUUGCUGAAGCUACUGCCAAGUACGCUCCUAACGCUCAUGUCCUUAUCAUCUCCAACCCUGUCAAUUCCACUGUUCCCAUCUUUGCUGAAACCUUAAAGAAGGCUGGUGUCUUCAACCCCAAGCGUCUCUAUGGUGUCACUACCCUUGAUGUUGUCCGUGCCUCUCGCUUCGUUGCCGAAGUCAAGAACUUGGACCCCAAGGAUGUCAAGGUUACCGUUGUUGGUGGUCACUCUGGUGUGACUAUCGUUCCUCUUCUUUCUCAAACCGGUCUUGAAUUCACCAAGGAAGAACUCGAUGCCUUGACCCACCGUAUCCAAUAUGGUGGUGAUGAAGUUGUCAAGGCCAAGAACGGCGCUGGUUCUGCCACUCUCUCCAUGGCCUAUGCUGGUGCUCGUUUUGCCAACUCUGUUUUGGAAGCCACUGUUGGUGGUAAGAAGGGUGUGAUCGAACCCUCUUUUGUCAAGUCUGAUGUCUUUGCCAAGGAAGGUGUUGAAUACUUCUCUACCAACAUUGAACUCGGCCCUGAAGGUGUCGAAAAGAUCCACGAAGUCGGUCAAAUCACUGACUAUGAAAAGGAGCUCAUUUCCAAGGCUAUUCCUGAAUUGCAAAAGAACAUUGAAAAGGGUAACAAGUUCGUUCAGUAAAUUAUUCCAUCCCCCCUUUUUCUUGUAUACAACAUGUCACAUUAGCUACACUUCGUAAAUAAAGAGAGAGAAAAAUAUAUAUUUUUGUAUUAAACAAGUAUAAAGAAAAGAAAGCUUAUUAAGUGAAAAUUG